GGGUCCAACUAAAAAAUGUCUUUGGUCUUCCUUUCUUUCCAUUCCAAACAUUUCUCGUUUUUUAUUUGAUGUUAAAUGUGAUGAGAAAUUAAUACGUUUUGAUUCGUAUUGGCAACUAGUUUUAUUUAAACUAAUUAAGAUUUUUAUACUCCAUAGUUUAAUGUAUUAUUGUUGUGUCUGAAGUUCUAGAAAGCGUUAAAAAGUAGGAUGGCGGUGCUAGCGGCAGCACAACUCCUAGAUGAAUUGAUGGGCAGGCACCGGAACACCGAUCCCAACGAAAAAAUUAAAAAGCCUAAUUGGGAAGAUCCUGAGUACUGCAAAUACUACAUGGUAAAGUUCUGUCCGCAUGAUCUGUUCGUUAAUACUAGAGCUGAUCUUGGUGCUUGUCCUAAAGUCCACGAUGAAGAAGUCAAAGAGCUUUUUGAGAAAGCCGACCCAUCGUAUAAGAAGUCUCAGUAUGUCGAAGAGUUUCUACGGUUCUGUAAACAUAUGAUUAAUGAUGUAGAAAGGAAAAUACAAAAAGGAAAACAAAGAUUGGAUCUAAUGAACUCAAAACCAGAGGGCCCACCAAUGACUCAAGCACAGACUGAGAAGAAUCAGGAACAGGUUUCGUUGCUGUCUGAAAAAAUUACGGGCUUGGUACAAGAAGCUGAAGAAGCGGGUAUAAGAGGAGAUGUAGAGCAAGCCCAGGGUUUGAUGAAGCUUUGUGACAGGCUCAAGGAAGAAAAAGAACAGCUGCUUAAACAACAAGAAAAUAGCCAUUGGUCUAUGACAGCUGAACUAGCAGCUGCUCAGGAGAAACAAAUGGAAGUCUGCCCUGUAUGCGGAGCCUUUCUUAUUGUUGGCGACGCUCAACAGAGAAUCGAUGAUCACUUGUCUGGGAAACAGCAUGUUGGAUACUUCAAACUUCGCCAAGCUUACGAAGACAUGACCGAAGCUCGUGAGAAAGAACAACAAGAAAAAGAGAAGAGGCGUCGUGAAGAGAGGGAAAGAGAAAGAAACACUCGUUCUGGAGGACUCGGAUCCGAUCGCCGUGAUCGAGAACGCAUGGAACGCGAUCGAGAGCGGGAGCGAGACCGCGGCGACCAACGUAGUGACCAACGGGGAGAACGCGGUGAACAACGCGGAGGAGAACGCGGCGAUCGCGUCGAACGAAGCGAGAGAGGCGAGAGGGAACGGGACAGAGAACGUGAGAGGGACCGACAUCGCGAUCGAUCAAGUCGAGACGAGCGAGGCGGCCGCCACGAAGAGCGGGAUCGGGACCGUGAACGUGAUCGCGACCGGGAACGAAAACAUCGUAAAGAAAGAAGGUCGUCUCACGAGCGCUCCCGUCGUCGAUCUCGAGAUCGCCACUAGCACUUGACUGAGGUAUCACAAAAGCACCUCGAUCCGCUUAAUGUGUAGCAUACCAAAAUAUAACUUCGGUAUAUGGCAUACAUAUCGGGAAUAAAUGACCCCGUUGCACUCUCUGUAACGUAGUUGUCGUCACACCGGCGGACAUGGCAGGUAUUUGAUUGGUAUUUUGAAUAGUUUCCGAGAGCCGAGAGCUAGAGAACUUAUUUGUUAAUCGUUGUUCGCGUGUGCCACGGAGGCAACGAACGAUUUACGAAUAAGAUCUUCUCAGCCGUGUGCAGGUCGCUUCGUUGUCGUUAUUUAUUUUUGAGGUAUAUCAGCGUGUCGUGUUUCGUCGUCGCGAGUGAGAGUCGUCUGGCGCCCGUCGCUAAUGCGAUGCCAGGUAUUUGUUAGGGUACUUGUGUCCAACAAUGAAGACAAUUAAUUCUAUUCUGAAAUAGGGUCCAAUUUUAUUCCAUACCGAACAUUUUUAUGAUAUGAAUACAUCUAAUGGCGACCAUAAAUUGAUAUAGGUAAUACCUAUAUAUUGUAGGUACUUAAAGUUAAAUAUAAUUUUAAAAAAUCGCUCAAAUUAUCCCACUAACGAGGAAAAAACAAAUGCUCAUGCCAUUCUCAAUAUAUUUCUGAAAUACAUGAAACUUUGUUCUAAUACUUGAAAAGUCCAAAAUAUUUCUUAAUUUAAACACUAUAACAUAGAAAAUUACCAUAAAACUGCCAUUUAAAGGAGUCUUGAAGAGCGCACUGUUGUGCUUCUUUCACAAUAUUGGAUGCUGUGUUCACAUCUACCAUGUAUUUCCAGGUACCCAAAUAUAGUGAUGUCAUAUUUCUAUAAAAUUACAUAGCAUGAAUGAAUCAAUAAUCAAAUAUUCUUUAAAUUGCAAGAACCGAAAUAUGACGUCAUAAUACUGAACUAAUAAUAACCCCAAUCCCAAAGUGGAAAUGAAAAAUCAAUGAUUAACAAGUUAAGUCCACUGAUUACAAAUAUAUAUAUAUAUAUUUAUGGAGCCCUCUCUGGGGUUAAUUUCAUUGAUUGAUCAGUUCCACAUUAGCUCUACUCAAGCUACCUUUACUAGCUUCCUCCAUGGACUUUUCAGUGGGGAAAAUAUGAAGGAAGAUGGCCGGCUUCUCGGAGAGGACCACAGACAAUGAGGUACUUAUGAAAUUAAGACACCCCCGCGAAGAGUUCAACCAGUGCAGUAAUCGACCAUCUGUCUCGAGGUGACCUAGGAUAGUCAUAUUAUAAUAAUUAUAAGAUAAUUUCGAUGUUAGUGAACCUUCCAAACAUUAGAUGCAAUGCAUGUCGUCUAUAUUCAGAUGGGCACUUUAAUCCGCCUCUUCCACACUUCUUUUCAAACAAGAUUAUGUAGCUGUUAAUUUUUUUAAAUCCUCUAUUGAAGUGUGUAAGAAGUGAAGAUUUAGAUUAUUGUCUAUAAAUAAUGUAAACAUGUAGCUACCUCUGCAAAUUGUUCGAUCCCUAGGAUGGUCACUCAUUCCUAAAACGAGUCUCCAAUGAGGAGUGUUUCAGGUAUUUAUGACAUUUUUAUUUCAUCCUAAUGUUUGUUAAUUCUUUUCUUUGGAUAGUAAAGUGUGAGUAGGACUAAUUUCAAACAAAUAAAAGUUAACCAUUAAAAA